AUGUUCAUCCAGACUGAGUCUACGCCCAACCCAGAUGCCCUCAAGUUUAAUCCCAAUCAACGCGUACUUCCCGACUCCAUCUCCUCCUCCUUCCUUGAGUACCUAUCUCCGCGCUCCACCCUCGCACCUCCCCAUCCGUCUCCGCUCGCUGCCCAGCUCCUUAACAUCGACGGCGUAACCUCUGUCUUCUUCGGAGCAGACUACAUCACCGUCACAAAGGACAGCGGCACCCCCUGGGCGCACGUCAAACCCGAAGCCUUCGCCAUUAUCAACGAGUUCAUGGUCAGCGGUCAGCCCACGGUCAACACAGUCGAAGACCGCGCGGGCGAAGCCGGCCAGCAAGGCACAGAGCAAGACUCGCUUGCGUACAACGAGGAUGACGAUGAAGUCGUCGGCAUGAUCAAAGAGCUCCUCGAAACCCGGAUCCGGCCCGCGAUCCAGGAAGACGGCGGGGACAUCGAGUUCCGCGGAUUUCAAGAUGGUCAGGUGCUGCUGAAGCUGCGGGGCGCGUGCCGCACGUGCGAUAGCAGCACUGUGACGUUGAAGAAUGGGAUCGAGAGCAUGUUGAUGCAUUAUAUCGAGGAGGUGCAGGGCGUGCAACAAAUUAUGGAUGAGGAGGAGGAGAUUGCCCUAAAGGAGUUUGCCAAAUUUGAAGAGAAGUUGAAGCAGCAAAAGGGGCCGGAGGCCGUGGCAGGGACGGUGGGGAAGGGGAGUCUGGACUUUGCUGAGGGGUGA